AUGGAGGUCGCGCUGGUAGACUUUGAGAAUGCGGACGAUGUGGACGGCAACAUGGAGGACCUGGAGGACCUCCUACCCUCCUCGCCCACGCUGCCACUCUGUGCCUCGAGGGGACGCGCCAGCUGUGCCAGUCUCAUAUCCAACUGGAAACUGCUCCUGAACAGCGAGGGCACCCAAAGCGAGACCAUCUUCAGCAAACUGGCCAAGGAGUGCUGCGAGGACCUGUUCUUGGACAAGCGGGGCAUGGACCAAAGAGAACAGAAGGUGAUCAUCAACAUUGCUGGCUUGCGGUUCGAGACACAGCUAAAGACUUUAGACCAGUUUCCUGACACGCUACUCGGGGACCCCAUGAAAAGAAUGGACUACUUUGAUCCGAUGAGAAACGAAUACUUUUUUGAUCGUAACAGACCGAGCUUUGACGGCAUUUUGUACUACUACCAGUCGGGAGGCAAGGUACGCAGGCCUGCAAAUGUACCCUUGGAUGUGUUUGCAGAUGAAAUGAUCUUCUACGAACUGGGGAACGAGGCAAUGGAACAGUUCAGGGAGGACGAGGGCUUCAUCAAAGAGGCAGAGGUGCCUUUGCCAACCAACGAGUUCCACAGACAAUUCUGGCUGCUCUUCGAGUACCCGGAGAGUUCCAACGCGGCUCGCGGAGUUGCACUGGUCUCUAUCUUUGUCAUAACCAUCUCCAUAGUUAUUUUCUGCAUGGAAACCUUGCCGGAGUUCCGAGAUGACUUGGAUGCCCCGCCCACUGCUGGUUUGCCCCUGAACCAAUCCCAAGGCAACUUCGCCUCCCUGUCCCCACCAAGUGCCACACCCAAAACCAUCACCGCCACCUUCUCGGACCCUUUCUUUAUAGUUGAGACUGCCUGCAUCAUCUGGUUCUUCUUUGAGUUGUUUGUGCGCUUCAUCGUGUGCCCCAGCAAAAAGGAGUUCUUCAACAACAUCAUGAACAUCAUCGACGUCGUCUCCAUCAUCCCAUACUUUGUGACGCUGAUCACCGAGAUAGUGAACGAUCCGGACAUCAUUGCCAGUGCCCAGAACCAAAACAUGUCCCUCGCCAUCCUGCGAAUAGUCCGACUGGUGCGAGUCUUCCGCAUCUUCAAGCUCUCGCGCCACUCCAAGGGCCUGCAGAUUCUGGGCCAGACUCUCAAAGCCAGCAUGAGGGAGCUGGGGCUGCUCAUCUUCUUCCUCUUCAUCGGAGUCAUCCUCUUCUCCAGCGCCAUCUACUUUGCGGAGGUGGAUGAGCCAGACACACAGUUCACCAGCAUACCGGACGGAUUCUGGUGGGCUGUGGUGACCAUGACGACUGUGGGCUACGGCGACAUGUGCCCCAUAACACUCGGUGGCAAGAUGGUCGGGACUCUAUGUGCCAUUGCUGGCGUGCUGACCAUUGCUUUGCCCGUUCCCGUCAUUGUCUCGAACUUCAACUACUUCUACCACCGGGAGACUGAGCAAGAGGAUAAGCAGCCCAUUGCCGAGGCGACAGACAAGAGCAUGAAAGCAGGAGCUUCAGCCAAACUUGGCAGCAACACCUCUCUGAACAAAGCCAAUGGUAACUGGCAGAAUGAUAAGGACAAGUACUGA